AUGUUCGCUCUCACCGAGCUAGCACUCGUGGAAACAAAGGCGUGGUGGCCUGUUGCAUUUGGGAUCUGGGUCUCUGCUGCUUGUGGUUCUGGUUUCUGGAGUCGUGAUACUGUCUUUUGGGCGGACGACAGCAAGUUCCACGCAUUACUAUAUUAUUGUUCACUCCUUACAAUUGACCCCACGACCGAACAGACGACUGGGUGUACACCAACGACCUUUGGGCAGAUUCGUGCCGAUAACGAAGCGGAGGCGUUGGUUGAGAUUGCAAGAGGAGUAUUGGUGUUCGGGGCCAGAUUGUUGAUCGUGAUCAUUUGCAAUUUAUUUCUGAAUCCCGAGGCACAGUUAAUUGGAGACGAGCACCAAUGUGGGACCUGA